GAAAGCCCUAGGGCCAGCGAGCCGGAGAGCCAGCGGCGGGCGCUCGCCCCGCGCCUCCCCUCCACCCCCAUCGCGCGCCUCGUCCGCUUCUCCACUCCGCCUGGCCAGGACCCCGCUCGGUCCCCGCGCGGCCACAGACCCCGGCUCCGGGCUAGCGCAGGCAGCGCCCCCUCACCCCCCGGGACUCUCCCGACGCGCCGCCGCGUCCCCAGACAAAGGCUUGGCCGGCGGCCCCGGCCCGCUGCGCCCUCUGCUCCCCGCCUCCCCGGCUGGCCGCUCGCUCUUCGCCCCCGCGCCUGGCUCGGCUCGGCGCGUCCCGGCCCGCUGCAAAGUUUCCCCCCCACACCCCCCAGCGGCGGCGGCUGCUGAGCCUCGCGUCAGCGAUGGCCGCGGAGCUGAGCAUGGGGCCAGAGCUGCCCACCAGCCCGCUGGCCAUGGAGUACGUCAACGACUUCGAUCUGCUCAAGUUCGACGUGAAGAAGGAGCCGCUGGGACGUACGGAGCGUCCCGGCCGGCCCUGUACGCGCCUGCAGCCCGCAGGCUCGGUGUCCUCCACCCCGCUCAGCACACCGUGUAGCUCGGUGCCUUCGUCGCCCAGCUUCAGCCCCACCGAGCAGAAGACGCACCUCGAGGACCUGUACUGGAUGGCGAGCAGCUAUCAGCAGAUGAACCCCGAAGCGCUCAACCUGACCCCGGAGGACGCGGUGGAGGCGCUUAUCGGCUCGCACCCCGUGCCACAGCCGCUGCCGACCUUCGACGGCUUCCGCGGGGCGCACCACCACCACCACCACCACCACCCGCAUCCGCACCACGGCUACCCCGGUGCCGGCGUGGCGCACGAUGAGCUGGGUCCCCACGCGCACCCGCACCAUCACCACCAUCACCAAGCGUCGCCACCGCCGUCCAGCGCCGCUAGUCCCGCGCAACAGCUGCCCACCAGUCACCCGGGGGGGCCGGGGCCGCACGCGGCGGCCGCAGCGACGGCGGCAGGUGGCAACGGCAGCGUGGAGGACCGCUUCUCCGACGACCAGCUGGUGUCCAUGUCGGUGCGUGAGCUGAACCGUCACCUGCGGGGCUUCACCAAGGACGAGGUGAUCCGCCUGAAGCAGAAGCGGCGGACCUUGAAGAACCGCGGCUACGCCCAGUCGUGCAGGUAUAAACGCGUCCAGCAGAAACACCACCUGGAGAACGAAAAGACGCAGCUCAUUCAGCAGGUGGAGCAGCUUAAGCAGGAGGUGUCCCGGCUGGCCCGCGAGAGAGACGCCUACAAGGUCAAGUGCGAGAAACUCGCCAACUCCGGCUUCAGGGAGGCGGGCUCCACCAGCGACAGCCCCUCCUCUCCAGAGUUCUUUCUGUGAGUUGUGACGGGUCCCGGGACCCCCCUCGCGCCCCUGCCCUUGCUUUGGCCCGGACUCCCUGUCCUGUGUGUCCCUUAGUCCUGGACCCUGUCCUUGCCAUGGCCCCAACCUUGACCUGUUUGACUCAGCGAGCAAGCGAGAGGCAGGAAGGACGCGCGGGCCGCGGGCGACGGGCGGGUGC